AUGGCCCACAAGCGAUCCCUCGAAGCUCUCAACACCACUCUUCAAGACAUCAGAGACUGUCCCGCUACGAUGGCUGGUAUAACUCUCCUCCUGUCUGGCGAUUUCCGACAAACGCUUCCUGUAAUACCCAAGGGAACCAGGGCAGAUGUUGUCAGGGCUUGCCUAAAGUGCUCCCGGCUGUGGCAAAAUGUUACAACAUUGUCUCCCAAAACAAACAUAAGAGCGCAGCUUUGUGGUGACCAGAUUGCAUCAGAUUUUGCAUCUGACACAUUGUCAAUCGGAAACAGUAUUGUUCAGCUCGAUGAAAACGGAAAACUGUCACUAACUCACCUCUGCACCACUGUCAGUAAUUCCGAUGAACUAGAAGUACAUGACUUUCCAAAUCUACAAAGGAACUACCUUGACAUGAAUUGGAUUUCUGAAAGAGCCAUUUUGGCUCCAAAAAACAGCACAGUAACCACUCUCAACGCUAAGCUGCUGCAUUCGCUUCCCGGAAGGUUGCACGUGUACGGGUCAAUCGAUUCUGUACUCGACGACGACCGGGCAGUGAACUAUCUUGAAGUUAUCAGAAUCCCUCUCAUUCCAUCUGGUGCAGAUAUUCCCUUUGCAUUUCGACGUCUGCAGUUCCCCCUUAGACUAUGUUUUGCAAUGUUAAUCAAUAAGUCACAGGGGCAGACACUAUCGGUGGCAGGGCUGCAUUUAGAUGAAUCAUGCUUUUCAUACGGUCAGCUAUACCUCGGUUGUUCCCGGGUGGGAAGCAAAGAAAGUCUCUUCGUUUACUCACCCCGAGGUAGAACGAAAAAUAUUGUCUACCAAGAGGUAUUAGUAUGA